AACUGCAGCAUUGCGGUCUAUAAUUCACAGAGAAUUUAUAGACAAAGAUUUACCGGAACAAACCGAACAGGAAAAACCGGUCGAUCCAGAACAACAAGCGGUACUCGACCAACUUAAAAUCUUGUGGAAAUUUGGAGGAGAUCAAUUGGAAGAAGACGAUCUCCGACCUCCAACCAUAGUCGUCCAGCAGUGGUCAACAGAACAACCGACCUCGGUUAACUUGGCCGACCAACAGAAGUCAGUGCAGUUCAACACAUGGAAGGCACGGAUUGCGAAAGUCAUGACGGUCGAAGAGGUUAACCUGGACAACAAAUGCCCAGAAGCUCACCACCUGGCGUUGGACCCAUUCAUGGAUUCUAAGCCGCUAGACCGACAACUGGUCUUUAAUAGCGAACGAGUAUCUCUCUCACCUAGGUCGACAUGUUCUGUCAAGGUACGGACGGCCAAACCAAUGGACUUGAGAAGACACUCACUUCGUCACCUUACGGCGGAAAAUUCGAGCUGUACGGCCAAUUGAAGCCAGGAUCGAAAUCCGACUUCAGAUAGAUACGGCCUGGAUAAACAUCCAGAAUACGACCCACCAACCGAAGAUAUUAAAGAAGGGCGUACGACUUGGCCGCAUGCAAUACAGCGAUUUCUACGAACCGGACAUCGACAAUGAGCAUGUUAUUUGGAAGCUCCCACUUGGAGUAACCAAAACUUGGCCGACCAAACCAGAGCCAAGACCAUCACCGAAGUUUGAGAUUUUCGAGGCGACAAGAGUUCGAUCUCAACGGAAGGUCAAACUUGAACCUGGAGCCAUAACGAUGGAAAAAGUCGUCAUGGACGUAGCAGUACCCACCGGACAGAAACUUAUGUACCUGGGUGGAUCCGACCCCAAACCAGACUUAGGAGAAAUGAUGGACGGCGUAACCAAACAUGAGGGGAAACGAUUCGGGUAUGGGCGGUGCAGAAAUUCAAGCACUUCAUCGACCACGGACCAUUUACCGUAAGGACGGAAAAUCGAGCAUUGCAGAACCUCCUUCGAUGCGAGACGAACCGACCUGGCUUCAACCCUCGACUAACGCGAUGGGCACUGGUUUUACAAGGACGGGACAUAACCAUCCAGUAUAAGCCAGGAGUAUUCUGCGACAGUGCAGAUGCCCUGUCGAGAUGGCCACUGGAGCGCAGUGACGACAAAGACCCACACGAAGAGCUGGAUCAAGUCCCCAACUUCGAGGACUUUAAAGACGAAAUCAAGGUCUGUACAAUACGGACUCUUAGACGUCUGAAGAAUAACGCAUGGAAGAAGAAGCGAAAGGAUAAGGAGAAACCACGGAAAAUUCCGCUUCCCCCGGUCCUUCCCGGAUGUAACGCUGUAUCCGACUGGCAUGACUUAAGUACCACAGAGGUACGAGUCAUCAACAUACCAGCACCGGAGACACCAGAACCGACUGUUCGGAUGGUCAACACGGCGGAGGAGUCGGAUGAGUUGGAUGUUGAAGAAACACUUCCACCACUGCCCGAACCGAAUGCUGACCUUCGGAAAGCGCAGCUGCGAGACCUGCAACUACGCAAAAUAAUCGACGAACUGGAAAACCCUGAGAAACUUGACCAUAAGUCGAAAUAUCGGGAACACUUCCAGAUGGCUCAAGGAGUGUUGUACCGACCGAAGAUGAUCAACACAAAGUUGGAACGAUAUUUCGUCGUACCGCUCUUUAUGCGAAAUCAAGUUAUCCGAUCGCACCAUGACGGAAAAACCGGAAACCACUUCGGACGGGAGAAGACGAUCGAAGCACUUAAGUUGCGUUACUAUUGAACAAGGAUGAAUAGCGACGCCAUCUCAUACAUUGAGAAAUGCCGACAGUGCAUAAUGACGAAUAUACCCCGAUGUCCGCCACCGGGUAAACUUCAAAAGACGGAGGUCGACGAAGCCUGGUAUCGCGUUUACGCGGACUUCAAAAGCCCCCUGCCUCGGACGGAGACGAAGGGAUACCAGUACAUCGCAGUGGCAACCGCCCAGCUGACGAAAUUCUCCGUCGCCCGGGCAACGAAAACCAACACCGCGAGAGUUUUCGAAAGGUUCUUCGUGAAAGACGUCCUACUGAAGUAUGGAAUGCCGACUUUCAUCCAUUCGGACAAAGAGACACACUUCACGGCCUGGGUCGCGCAGAUUAUUGGCAUCCAACACACACUUGGAACUGCCCACCACCCAGAAGGACAAGGACAAGUCGAACGGCAGAUGCAGACGGUAUGGAACGGUAUACGAAAUUUCUGCGACGUAAAAGACGGACACCGUUGGCACAGAGUCUUAGACUAUGUCGUCUGUGGAAUGAACCGAGCAGUCCACGCCGCGACGAAGUUCUCACCGCUCUACAUGCUAUACGGUCGAGAAAUGACCAUGCCACAGGACAUAGUGGCCGGAACAAACACACCGCGUCAACCGCGCUCGUCGUCGCGAUCAAACAAUUCGCGGUCGGCCACACAAACGCUAUUACCGCAGAUAGAAAAUACCAAUGCUAACGUAACAGCUAAUGUGUUAGCAGGUCUUUCGGUCGGGCCCCAACGUGGAACGGAACAUCGACCAAUACCGCCACAGAGCCUGCCACCGAACACAUCGGUCGAUACAUGGUCUAAUGACGCCUCAUCACUGGCCGGUGCCGACUACAAUAGUCAAACCGAUCAGCCCAGCAUCAACAAUGAUGACUGGACCAGUCUACCCGACACCCACAAUGGUGCCCAGGAUGGCGAACGUAUCUGUUUCAAUUUAUCCGGCAACCACACUGGCGCCAGGGUUGGGUAACACAGCGGGACCAAUUUACACGACGCCCAAAUUUGUGUAUGGUGUAUAACGGACCGCCAAUUCGGUUUGUACCGAUUCCGCCGACGCGCGAAAUGGCAUCUUCAACGAAACUGGCAGCAAUCAGCGUGGUCGGCCCGAACAACACAAUCUCGCCGACUCAGCUCGGGCAUUCCGGACAACAGAAUGUGUGGAAUAACCCAAACGCGACGGAUUAUCUGCUCGAUCGACUGAGUCAACACAGAAAUCAGGUUGGAGGACAGAACCCACAAGGAACUGUUUCGACGACGACUACACAAGUCGUAACGUCGAUGCCUUUACCGCCUGUACCAGCCCUACCGAUCCCACCUAUGAGCAACAAUCUACGAUCUGACGCGGAACUGCGUUACCAAACCGAUAUGGCUCAUUCUCAGAUCGCGGCCCCUUAUAUAAUGGCAUGCUCAAUGAUUUCGCCAGGCCGUUUGCGCUGGCGAAAGGCCUGGCUUUUUGCUCCGCAUGGUCAUCAAUUUUCUGAUGAGGAUGGUCCGUUCCUGGACCAGCAACUGACAGCCUCGAUUGAUGCGGUCAAUCUCAUGGUCAGUCAAGGUGGGACCGCCGGCGCGUAAUCGCUGGCGUAUAUUCUCCUCACUUAAAAUUAGGCGUAGAUAAACUUCUAUGAUCUCGCCGACGACUUGCUAUGCAGGUCCGAUUAUGUUGAACCCGUUUGGGUCAACCGGAUACGAUGCCUCGUUGGGGGCUCGUCCCGCAGCGGUUGCGUUGUCCCUGACGGAACUGCUGGUGCUUUCGGUGGUGAAAGGACGUGUCCUUUGCCAGGAAACUUCUUUGGCGGUGACUUCUUCUUGGCCGGUAGGCCACGAAGCGUCAAAGUCGAUGGUUCAGUCGACUUUGGUUUGAGUAUGGACGGGCCAUGCCUGGUGGGGCCAGGAACGUCUAAGUCCUUUGGCGGGCCACUCCACGAUAGUGUGGUGGUCCUAGUUGGACGAUUCAACUCCCCGUCCUCACGCGGUCCUCUCCAUGGUGGGAGUGACCGUUGCGAAGGAGGCUCUUCUGCUUCAAGCAGAGUCCUCUCCUUCGUUCUAAACCUGGGCGAUUGUGGGCCGCUUGUUGUGGCAGGAGUAGCCGUCCUUUCUGGCGUGCGCUUUCCUCCUAUCGAUUUCCUGGCUGUUGGCCGGACAACAAGGGUGCCGCCAGAAGUAUCGCCUUCGAUUGGUUUCGGCGUAGUCUGUGAUGACGCCGUUGGCGCAUCCACAGCCAUUGGACUUGUCGGUUCACCAGUCGGUUGGGCUGGUGUCGGCUUCUCCGGCGAGAGCUCGAAAGUUUUGUCGAGCAAGCUCACAUCACUUUCGAUGUCCUGCGGUGGAAUGUGUAUACUGGCGUCCGCAGGUUGGCUUGAUGUUGGACCAGGCACCGUUAGGGCCUGGGCCGAUUCAGCUGAAGUUAAGUGUCCAGCUGGUGCUAGGGCGACCGGUUCAUAAGUGAUGGCUAGCGUCGUUGGCGCUGGCGCUGGUUCUGGUCGCCAUUCGUUGACUGGAUCGAAGUCACCGGGUCGUUCCGUCGUUGCCGGGCCAGGUCGUUGGACCUUCCAGUAAUCUUCGAUGAACUCACGGAUCCAUCUUGUAGUAUGGUCCAAAACGGUUAACGAUUCGCCGGUUGGCGUCGUAUUGUUCAGAGUGAGAUCACUGAGCAGAGCCAACCGGUGGGAAAGGCUCUGCGGCUGUUCUAUCAGCCUAGCCGCUUCUGGGUCGAAUGGGCUGAGGUCCUGUAUGCGAAUAGUCAUGCGACGAUCAAUUUCAUUGGCGUCUCUAAUAAGGUUUCUGUUUCUCAGCGCCUGAAGGAUUGUCAUCUUGAUGGGCCCGGUGUCAGCGGCGCGCAAGCGUUGGUUCGCCGCUGUUUGUCCAUCGUCCCAAAUCUUUCAGCCGAGAUGCGCAUAAUAUCCAAAAACCAACGUCUCAACUCCUCCGCCGGUUGGCGUGUUGAAGACUGUGUCGGCGUCAAGAGUCCAACUUGAGCUUCGCGUGAUGGCUGUCCCGGUCGGGGUUUAGGCAACACGCGCCGGCGCCGCAUUGCUUCUUCGAUCGGGCCAAGCUGAUAUUGCCGGUUGCGGAAGUCACGCAACGCUGGCGCGUCAUUGGCUGUGUUCAAUGGAUUCCAGGACGCGCAGAAAUUCCAAGACCAGCGCGACUUUUCUCCGUAUAGUGGCAAUGUUCACGCUCUUCAGACUGCUAAUGGUUUUGCGGAUUUUCUCUAGGGCCUUCUUGGCGUGAAGUUUGCGUUCCCGGGGUGGUAUAUCUCGAUAAGGCCUUAGAUCAUACGGAGAUGAUGCAGGUUCACGCUGUUCCAAACCAGUGACCGUAAACAGUGCCUCGCCGGUAGACGUAGGCUGGGCUACUGGUGGCACGGAUGAUUCCCUGUCGUAGUGGUUACUACGACUACUGGGUUUAAUGGGGGAGGUGGUGCUGAUGGCGCUGGCGCUGGUCGGGCGGGAGCCGUAGAUCCUUCUGUCCUUUGAUGUCUCGCCGUCCGGUGCAGUACCAGCUGCUCUGUCAGUCUGCGAGAUGCCGCCAACAAAGCCUGACCGGUUUGGUCAUGCAGCGGAAAUAUUUCAUGCUGGGCCUGGCGGUUCGCAAUUUCUUCACUAAGUUCAUGCGCGAGGCGCCGGAACUCCUCUUGAUCGACGAGGAUGCGUUUGACCAACUCACGGUAGUGAGGGCUGCGCUUGUCCACCUCUUGAAUCAUAACCUCCAGUUUUUGGAUAGCGUUCUCUACAUCUCUCAAGUUGUCUUGGAGUUGGUAGAGUGGAGUCCGGCCAUCGGCUAAUGGUUCAAUGGGCGAUUCUACUCGCAUCGUCGGCGACGACACGGGCUCCAGGUGGCAUCCGAUGUCGCCGGGCGUUGGCCUUGACAACGACGCAGGUUCCGUCGGUGGGACGGUCUGGUCACGCCCAGCCAACACUGGACUCGGUGCUGGCUCUGUCAUCUGUUCCGGUUCGGCUAGGCCCUGCUGGGCCGCCAAAACUGGUGGAACAUCUGGCCGGUUAUACACCGUGUACCGUCCAUCCACAAAUACCCGUAAUGGGUAAUCACGAAACUCGUUGAGCCGUGAUGUGGUUGGUUGAGGUGCCGGCGGCGCUUCCGUUUGGUACGCCGCUGGGCCCGCUUGUGGGGGUUCGAGUACUGGAUCAGACAGCGCCUGGCCCGUAAGGUCAGAUUGUUCUGCUGAAGUAGGGCUGUGUGGCUGUUGGCCAUAUCCUCCAUACCCGCCGUAAGGCGGUGGGUAUGUAUAGGGUCCUGGCGGAUACAUCCACGGUGGUGGGUAUCGCCAUUGGUUCGAGUCCGGCUGCGGCUGGUUCGAAUGGCCGGCGCAGGAUACGGUGGAUAUCCAUAGUGAGGAUGGUAGUAUGGCGGCGGAGUGUAAUGUGGCCAAGGUCCAGUAUGGAACGGCAUAGUCGUGACCGUUGGCCCGACUGCCACGGUUGUAAAAAUCGGCUGAUUCGACGAAGUGGUCGUUAGGUCACCAUACAAGAUUGGUUGUGGACCGGUACUUCCGUGAGGAUGAUGUCGGACCGUUUGACCCGACGAGGAGUUUGGCUAGCUGCCGACUGCUGCUGCGUUCAUCAAGAGUCCAGUGUCAUCAUAGUAUGUCCCUGGCGGCCAAUAUUGCGGCGGAAUGGCUCGAGCUGGCAGAAGCUGGGCCCGCAGUAGCGGUGUGUCGGCCCGUGGACCGGGUCCGUGUGACAUGUUAGCCAGCUGCUCAGCGGUUAGAAUAGCUCUGAUAUUAUGUACCUGUACAUUUGGAGGCCGGUUAGACGACCGAGUUAAAGAUCCGCCUGCCCGUGAUUCCGGUCAUGAGUAAGGGUGUGAUCGGGUGCUUCGGUCGGAGUCAUCGGAGCGAUCUGUGCGUCGACGCCCUUCCAUCGUUGUGUGGGACGCUGUUACAAGACGAAUCACGCUAUAUUAGACCCCCACCUACUGUGUUAGUUUAUUGUACAGGUUAGCUGCUUCUAAGUUAAAGUUAGUUAAGGUUAGUUAGUUUAAGGUUAGCGGCUCACGGUACGAUCGUAGACUUAAAACUAAUUAGAAUUGCUAUUAUUAGUCUAUUUAUCGUCAUUCUGUCCAGCCUUGUCAACCGUCUUGUCCGGUACACCUGGUUUGAGUGUACUGGACUUGUCCGAUACGCCCGGUGAGAGCGUAUUGGACUUAUGCUUUUUGCUCGUUGAGCUUUUCUCAGAUUUUGCUCGACCCGCAGUUAUACGGGUGAGUAAGUCUUUAUCUGCCUUGUCGUCAGCGACUAUGUCCUCUUCUAGGACUUGCUGAGCGUAAGGGUUGCCUUAGGCUUUUUAGGCGACUUUGGUCUUUUUGGCUUCUCUGUGGGCGCCGGAGCCACUUUAGGCUCUUCGGUCACCGCUGGCUUGUCCAUGGCGGAUGUCCCCUUUUCAGGUUCCGCUGGGGCCAGUGUUGGGUCAAUGACGGCUAAUGGCUGACUUUGAAGCUUGGUCAACCCUGGUGUCUCGAAAUCCAGUUUGGCUUUUCGAGGUCGACCUGGGCCACGCUUCGCUGUUGUAGCUGGGUCCGAUGUAUUUGGGUCAGGUGGGCCGUAGCCUGGGAUUCGCAAAGAUUUUAGCUGUUCCGCCACAAGUUUCUUGGACUGGCCCUUUCCGGGCUUUGUUUUUCCAGCAAUGUCUCGAGUCUGCUCUGGGCGUGUGGGAACUCUGCACUUUGUCCCGGCUCUGCCUUAUUGUUGCACCUUCCCGACUCUGUACCUUCAGGUUCGGCGUCGCUGCCCUUCUUCUUGGACGUUAUUGUGCGACUUGGGCCGUCCGGGUUCAGGUACGGCUUCAGGCGAUGAACAAAAACGGUGUGUUCUACACCGGUGUCUCGCUUUCGGAUCCAGUAAGUGUUUGGCUUGGGUAUUCCGAUGAGAUGUAGACGCCUUCGUACUUGUUUGGAUUGGUCGGGUCGUCUAUCAUAUUCUUUAGGGUGACUAAGUCCCGCUUCUUGAACUCGGCCUGCGACUUCUUUUUGUUAUAGAUGGCCGCAUCCCUCAGGAACCCUUCUCCGAUGCGCGUUUUCGUGAUUUCAUGCGCCCGGUUCAGGCGCUGCUGCAUCCUCUGGACGUAACGUUCGCCGGCGCCGCCAAAGUUACGAAUUCCGUCCCAUAUCGUUUGCAUCUGGCGUUCAACUUGGCCCUGGCCUUCUGGAUGAUAGGCUGAUCCGAAGGUCUGUUCGAUGCCGAAGAUUUUUGCCACUUUGGCGAAGGAUUUUGACGUAAAAUUCGUGCCUCGAUCGGAGUGCAUUAUAUGUGGCUUUCCGUACUUCAGUACAACUUCUUCGACAAGAAACUUCUUGAAUUCCUUGGCCGAGUUUGUCUUGGUCGGCCGGGCUAUGGUGAACUUCGUCAUUUGGUCAACCACCACAGCAAUGUACCGGUAUUUCUUCGUUUGGGUCACCGGUAAUGGUCCUUUAAAAUCGGCAAAGACGCGGUACCAAGGUGCAACAGCUUCAUUCGGCUGCAGCUUACCGUAGGUAGCUCGCCGCGGUACUUUGUCGAUAAUGCACGUCUGACAUCGGUCGAUGUAGUCGUGUAUGUCGGGACAUCGGGCUCCGGCUUUCCCGGUGUGGGCGCCGGCACAAUGAUGACCCGUAUAUCCGCCGUGCUGAAUUCAUUCCAAUUUCCGUGCUGAAUUCAUCCCAAUCGCUGAUUGCGUUACAAUCUGGAAGUAGAGGCUUGUCCCAAUUAUCUGUAGGGUACUCAUCAGUGACUUGCAGCCUACGCACCUUUAUGAUGCGUAAUAGGAUUUUGCCUUGAUAAUCCUCGAAGUUUGGGACUUGAUCCAACUCUUCGUGUGGGCCGUUAUCAUCGUCUCUUUCGAGUGGCCAUCCGGAUAACGCAUCGGUGUUAUCGCAGAAUGUGCGUGGCUUGUACUCAAUGGUGAUGCCUUGUCCCUGUAAGGCGAGGGCUCAUCGAGUAAGACGAGGGUUGGCCGGGCCGGUUAGACUCGCAUCUGAGCAGUUAACGCUCUAUGGUCUGUCCUUACUGUGAAAGGUCCAUGGUUAAUGUAGUGUUUAAUUUUCUGGACGACCCAUACUACGGUUUAGCAUUCCCAUUCGGUCACGCCGUAGUUUUUCUCAGAUCCGUGUAAUACGCGACUCGCAUAGGCGAUUGGCCUCGAGUCCUGGCUGAGAACGGCUCCGAUGCCAGCGCCACUUGCAUCACAUUCCAUGGUGGUCUGCUUGGUCGCAUCGAAUUUGGCCAGUAUGGGCGCCUUGGUCAAGGCAUCUUUGAUUUUGUUGAAUUCGGCGGCGUGUGCUUCAGUCCAGUCGUUCGUGACCGAACUUUCCUUCCGCAGGAGUUCAUACCUCUUGGAAAUCUUCUGGGCGUAUCCCUGGAUAAACUUCCGAUAGUAAUUUGCGAGUCCAAGGAACCAGCGAAGUUGACGCUCGGUCUUGGGCGGUAGUUUCUCGGCGAUGGCCGCUACCUUCUUUGAGUCAGUAUGGACGCCGUCCUUGUUGAGGAUGUGUCCAAGGAAUUGGAGUUUUUCCAUUCCAAAUUCGCAUUUCGACGGUUUUAUCGUGAACCUGGCAACUCGGAGGCAGAUAAGCGUAUUUCCGAACUCUUUCCUGAAUUAUGUGAAGGUUUUGCCGAAGAAAAUUACGUCAUCGAUGCAUGCCAAGACGCCGCCUUGCUUGCGAGCCGGCGUUAUGAUUUUGUCCAUUGUCAUUUGGAAAGUGGCUGGACCAUUGUAGACGCCAAACGGCAUUUGUUUGAACCGGUACAUCCCUUCUGGAGUAACGAAGCUAGUACAGUCCAUGGACGUUGGGUCCAUUGGGAUUUGCCAAAAUCCGGACUGACAAUCUACCUUGCCGUAAUAGGCGUUUCUUGCACACUGGUCCAGAAGUUUAUCUGGAUUGGGCAAUGGGUAAUUGUUCUUUUUGGUCACCGAGUUCAGCUUUAUGUAAUUUAUGCGGAACCGGGUGCUCAUGGUCCCGUCGCCAUUUUUCUUCAAGGCGAGAGCCAUUGGGAAACUCCACGCUGCCAUUGACGGUUCAAUCACGCAUUGGUCAAGCAUUUCCUGGACGUGCUUGUUAAUGAACUCUCGUCCCUUCCAACUCGUUCGGGUUGGGUUCAUCUUAAUUGGUGCAGCGUCGCCAACUUCUAUGACGUGGGUCACUCCUUUGACGUCGUCGUGAAGCUUUUUGGACGUCGGGAAUAUGGCCCUGAGUUCCCAUAAGUCCUGGCGGAGCAGAGCGGUUUGUCCUUCGGUCAGGUGGUCGCCAAAAUGUUCGUUGGCGAUGUUGGCGCGGAUUUCACGCUCCACUUCUGGAUCUUCCUCUCCGGUUUAGAGGGAGUUGAUCUUGGCGUAGUCUUCAUCCGAGAUUUCCUCGUAUGGCUCCACCUAGCCCAUAUUACUCCCUUCCGGAGUAUAUGGGGCUCCUUGGAGUUUGGAGUAGUUUGACACCAGUAUGGUGAAACUACUGCCUUCAUGCUGGACUCGUCUGUCGAGCAUGGCCAGACUCCAUUUGGUGUCCUGGCUUCCGAGGUACAUUAGUUUCUGCUUUGGGUCAACAGGAAAAUCAAAGCUGACCUGGACCGGGUCAAUGGACUCCGGUGGGACUUCCUUUUUUACGGUUGCCCGGACCAUAGCAUGAUCAUUAAUGAUGCGGUACCGAUUGGGGUUAUUCCCUGCCACCUUUGCCAUGAUAAGGCAUUGGGAAUGGACCAAUCUACGCCGUCCUCCUUGGUGUCUGGCUCAAACAUGUCGCUGUAGUACAUGUGGCCAAUUCUUGCACCUCUGCGGAAGAUUUGGUCUCGUGGAGACUUAUUUUGGAUCUGAAUCCACGCAUAUUCGUCAUGUCGAGUUUUGACCUCUGCCUCGAUCGGUAACACCAGGCGGUGUGGUCGUCUCAGUGACCUGAAGUGGAUUGGUCUGCCCGGGUCUAUAGUCCGAUAAGACCGGACCUUGAUCCAGCAAGUUGAGUAUGCUGGUAGAGUGUACCGCUGAUGUACGAAGACAACUUCUCUCUCUUCCUUGAGGCAGUCGAUAGGGCGUUCGGUCCGCAGUGUACGGAUUACCGGCGCCUCGGCUCGGAGUUGGAGAAUUUCUGGGUCAUUCUCGUCAACACUUGAUCACUCCGAUGAUUGGUUAUCGGAUUCCGUGUUCGAUUGGUUAUCGGAGUCCCGAUAACCAGUCGGAGACUCCGAUUGUUUAUCAGAGUCCCGAAUGACCGAGUAUCCUUGGCCCGUCUUCCCGUCGUUCUCAGGUUUGCCUGCCGUAAACUGCCGGAUAUAGUCCCGGAAUUCUGUCGGAGACUUCGGCAGCCGGAUGUUCAGGGCACGACGCAAUUCUGGCUCAUUCAUAUUGGUCUUCAGAAAACGAAAAGUCAUGGUGUCAUCUAAGUUGGCGCGUGCCUUGAGAGUUAGGAUUGCAUCAUAGUAGUGCUCUGGCGUCUCGAAACCGUGCCGGUAGGUACGGUGCGAGAUAUCUCCAAAAGCGUUGGCUUGUUGGUUCUCGUCGUCAUAUCGAGCGGCAAACUUCUGAAGCCACUCGUCGACUGUCCGACCAUCGCCUUCUUCGCGGCUGGCGUGGCCGGUAUACCAUUCCUUGACCGGUUUGGACAAGGAUGCGAAUAUGCGGCUCAUAAAGUCCGUGUCCGGCUUGUUUUAGUCGGGCGAUUGCUUACAGAUUCUUCUAACCUGUGCAAUCCACCCUUUCACAGCUGUUUUGUCGCCGUCGAAGGUUGGUAGGGUUGUCCGGGCAUUGGCCUUUGCGUUGGCUUUUGCGUAUGAGUCAGCCAACGUCUGCAUGUGCAUUAAGUCGUGUACUGGUGGACUGACCCUCGGCGAUGGUGCAGGCGUUAUGUGCUGUACCACCACUUGUGGCGGCGGUUGCGGUGCCUGUGGCACUGGGGCUGGCUGAUGUCCUUGUUGAGGGUUCAUCAACGGUUGAGGCGGGUAUUGGAUGGCUCCGUUGGACGCCAUCCACCCAUAUGUUCCAUUAUCUGGAUCUGGAAAAUUGGAAAUGGUUAUUUGUCGAAAACGGUCGUGAUCCUUGAAUCGAUCAAAGAAAUGUUAAUUUUGUGCGAGCUACAGAUGAAUAAGCAGCGAACUGCUAAAUCCACGGCGUGCUAUGCCGGUCACAAGAAGUUUACCUACCUCAACCACGCGCAUGCCCAGGCGGACCAGUUCUGGGUGACGGUGUCGCCGCUGCCCCUGAUGGUAGCGUGCCCGCUGCGGAGCCGAAGAAUUGGAAGGCGGCGGAACGGGAGUACAAGCGACUCACCGGGCAGGGCGGCGUCCGCGGGGAGAGGCCGUUGAGUACGGUGGAUGAGCGGCCAGUUCGCCAGACCGUUCGGGGAAUCUAAAAUGCCAUGUUUGCCAAAGAUAACAUUCCUUCACUGACCGACUUUGGGCCGUUAGUUGCACCGAUUUCGAGACCGGAUGAAUUUGAUUUUGUCUGUCGGAAUGUCCAGGCUUCGAUAUCUCCAGUUGGAUUCAGAUGAGACAGAGAAAUGGAUGAAAUUGUCAGAUUUGCCGACACUCUAGCAGAGCAGAAUGUUGCUUUAUGAGGUCGAAGAAACCGAUGAAUCAACCGCAAGUCGGCUGUUGGAAACGCGCGUCAUGUUCGUCACAACGGAAGAUAUUUCGGCGGACGAGGAACUGAAACUUGGAUAUUCGUCAAGUUACGCCAACAUGAUUCGUAACGCGAGCUGGAAAUGUCGAGCACAUCUGGAAAAUAUUAGCAGCUCUUGUGAGUGAUACCGGUCGGCCAUACAGGAAAUGUCGAGGAACGGGUGUCGUUCGACUGUAGGCGACGCCGGAGGCAAUAUUGUUGGCCGAAGCGUCCAGCUAACUGCCCUGCAGCGACGGAGAUAUAGAGCGUCCAGCGGAUGUUGUUUGUGUGGAAAAUGGUAAGCGUAACUGCGUGUGAGCGGAGAAGCGGCUCACGUACAGCGACAAAAUCUUUCAAGGAUUUUCAACACUUUGCGCCGUGGUGCAGUGGUACUGCCUACGCGGAUCUAACGACGUAGCCGGGGUUCGAUUCCCCCAUCGGCGUCUUUUUCAGCCGUUUCUCGGUUUCCCUCGGAUUGCGCCCUGCUUAUAUGGUAGCAGAUCGUGGUUCGGUACGUCCACUUCGCCUAUGAGACUGGUGUGCUAACCUCGAACAGGAGGAACAGAGCAAAAACGAAUAAAAAGAUAAAACGAAAGGAGGAUGCGGUGAGCCGGAGCCGCCGCUUAAAAGGGUCGCUUAGUCUCGCUACGAGGACGUAGCGAAAGCUGCAAAGGGGGUGUGAGCGGAAAAGCGGCUCACGUACAGCGACAAAAUCUUUCAAGGAUUUUCAACACUUUGCGCCGUGGUGCAGUGGUACUGCCUACGCGGAUCUAACGACGUAGCCGGGGUUCGAUUCCCCCAUCGGCGUCUUUUUCAGCCGUUUCUCGGUUUCCCUCGGAUUGCGCCCUGCUUAUAUGCUUGCAGUUGAUAACAGCUCGUUGAAUGACGGUGAUCUAUCCAGUUCUGACGAUUCAGCAAUGGGCACGGAUUACAAUUCCGCCCCGUCUGAACAAGAAACUCCUGUUCCGACCACCGCACCCAAAAAACUGGAGGAACGCGAUGGAGCAUAUCAAACAGACCGGAACCUUUUCCUGUUAUUGUCGGCGAUGUUACCGGCACUUCCCCACCACGGUGCUCUUCCAUUUGCACAGCUUUUAACACCAGAGCAUUACCAACCCGGAUCGGUAUCUGGAACGCGACUGUCCCGCUUGCGAUUUCAAUGCCGCAAAUUUUGCCGAAUUGGUGGCGCAUGUCUGGGUGCAUUCUUCCUCCGGGUAGGAAUGCCGGCCCUGUGUUAUCUGUGGAUUACAGAAUACGCGACUGAAGAUAGGGGAUCAUAUGCGUUUGGAACACCCUCAAGAAAUGAAACAACUUGGCAAGCACAGCGAUUACCUCUGCGCGGAUUGCGGGUACACGUUCAAGCUGAAAGUCAACUACACGACCACAUGAAGAAAAACGCGUCCAUCACUCCGGCCGCGUUACAUUUCGGCCGUGGUUCACUUCGGCCAGCACUCAAUUCGGCCAACGCUAUUUCGGCUACUGCUCAUUUUGGCCAUCUUUGGGUUUCUUAGGUUUCUUAGGAUUCUUAGGUUUCUUAUUUUCUUAUUGUUCGUAUUUCUUAUUCUUUCGUAUUUUUUCUUAGGUUUCUUAUUGUUAUGUUUCCUUAGUUUUUUUAAAUUUCUUUGGUUUCUUAAGUUGUUUUAUGUUUCCUAGAUUGAUUUCUUCUGAUGAGGUUCUUUCAGGUUAGCGCAUGUCCGAGACUUCUUUGAUCGACCUUGUGGCGGUCGACUAGCUUUUCGUCAGACCAAAAUGCGUAAGAGAGACACGAUGGUAAGAGGAACGCGUAGAAAGGAAGUCACAAAAUAGUACGUGCGAAAGAGAUAUAAACAAAGAAGUACAACGAGAAGUCGGCAGAGUAAAGGUUUAGGUAAGCCCUGUUUCCGCCGAAAUUUUCUGUGGCCGAAGUGAGUGGUGGCCAAAAUGAACGGCGUCCGAAAAGCAUUGGCUUGAAUGAACGUGGCCGAAAUGAAAACGGCCGAAGUUAUCGGUAGCCUAUGAAGGAGGUAGAUCCGCAGUUUGAGUGCUGGUACUGUGCGUGUAUUUUUUAUUCACCGGAAGAGUUCAGCGCGCACACGGCGGAGCAUGUCGUUGAUAUUCCCGACGUACGAUGCCUCCAGCGAGCAUUUCGUGGAGGCCAAUAUGAAAGUGUGCGAGGUUUGUCUGGUGGUGUGCGGCGGGCAGCAGAAGCUGGCCGAGCACAUUCAACGGAAGCAUGGUCAAGGGAAAGGGCGGAAGAGGAAGAGAAUGCCCAAAUCUGCACCAAAAAGCGAAGGAGAAAACGCAGCAUGCCGGUGUAACUUGCUGUUGUGGUUUUCACUGAUGUAAGUUCAUGCAACACUGCCGAAAGGAAAGAAUAAUUUUUCCCAGGAUUUAACCCACGUUAAAUAAAUAAGGGUCAUUUUGGAACUGGUAAAUGGGUUAUUAUAGCAGUAACAUGUGAUAAGUGUACCGGACUACCGUUUGACUGCCGAAAAAAAAUCAGAACACCUUUGAGUUUG